CACAUUUUUUAGUCAUCAAGCCACACGGUUUGCAAUUACUCACUGCCAGGUCUAUUAUUGUGGGUUUUCUAUCCAAGUCUUGUGGGUUUGGUUUUCUUAUCGGAUUUGCCCUCAAAUCAAUUUUUUGAUCAAACACUCACAGCUUAAUUUCGCCUUCUCACCACUCCAUUACUGCCCACUGUUGCUACAAUUGAUCCUACUGUGGCUUGUUAUUGUAAAUUAAUCAGCAAUGAGCUCGGCGAGAAGACCUUCAAAACUUUUAUCUGAGAAGCAGUCAGACAAGCUAGCGCAAAUCAUCCAGAACUUCUUUCUCAAGGCGGCACAUGUGAUAUUCCAUUUUCGAGUUGCGUUCCCGUCGGUCGUGUUGCAGCCAGAUGAUAGUUACGGCGCGAUGGGCGAUACCUUUUCGCAGUCCAAAUAUAAUAAUAGAUGGUUCAAUCUGGACCUCGGCAACUAUGAGAUUCCGAGGACCGAGCUUUCUCUCUGGCGAAACAAAGACAUACUGUCGCUUCCCCCGCUGGUCCUGGAAACAUUUUUGGACUUAAGAGGGCUCAGCUCUAAUCAAACACUCAUGCUUGAUGACGUGAUCGUGAAAACAAGCAAAAAAAGUGAGAUCGUGUUGGAGAGAUGGCUCAUUGAGUUUGACCUCAGUACCUUCGACAAUGAGGUAAUGGAGUUUCCGUCCAUUUAUAAGAAAAUCAUCAUUUUGUUUCGGUCUUUGUACCUGCUGGCGGGUCUACUUCCAAGCUAUAGAUUGCGGGACAAACUGGUGAAAUCUAAAUCGAAAAACAGCGCCAUCCAUGUCUCAUGCCGCAUAUUAGAUGGCUCUAAGCCAAUCACUUCAAAGGGAAGAAUAGGACUGAGCAAAAAGCUUCUGAGCGAAGAGGAGCACACGAGCUCCAAAAAAUUGCAACCUGUCUUGACUCCAAUAGGAGCAUUGAGAGUGUCUGUUUCCUAUCGUACCAAUUGCAACUUCCAGGUCAGCGACACUGAGGAGGCUCUUUCAUCUCAGUUUAUGCUGGACCAUCUCCCAUCCGUUCGCACUAAUUACGACAGUGAUGGCAACAGUCUUACGUCUCCAAUGGACUAUUUACAAAACAGGGUCUCAUCUGCAUCGAUCCAUUGGUCUGACCAGUCACCAAGACGGAGGUCGUCGACCAGAUCGGUCCAGCUGUUCAAAGUGGGCUCGAUCAACUCAUCCUCUUCUCCUCCCCCUGGUGCCACACAGAGCAAUCAAAGUGUGUCUUCGUUCUCGACAUCGAAGCCUAUUCCUGUCACUUUGAAUAAAACAAACUCCAGCGCAUCUUUGGUGCCUAUACUACGGCAAAAUAAAGAUUCGCUUCCCAAGUCAAUCGGGUCUAUGGUGCAAAAUCAGAUGCAAGAAACAGGGCAUCAAGUGUCCUCCAACUCGAGAAGGUUUUCUUCGUCGUUUGGAUCCAGAUUUCGGACAGUUUCGAGUAGAAAUAAUAGUCUAGACGGCCAGUUGGUUGUCGCUAAUCAGCCCUUUUCAACGCCGAGCAACAAUCCUAUAUUGCAUAAUUUCCGCUCAAGAAACAAAUCUCCCUCGGUGUCGUCCACUGAACUGGGCCCCUCGAGCUCUAUUUACAUGGACGACGACCUUGAUAGUUUCAUGAAGAUGCUGGACUCGAAACCGGAUUUGAGAUUCCCGUCGAACUCUCCGUCGGUGUAUGAAGAUCCUCUCGCAAAUUUCAAGACUUUCCAAAAAUCCAAUGACUUCCUCGCGUUGGAACAGCAGCAGCACGGCUCACCAACGUCAAACCAGAUCAUGAUACACAGCCAAAGUCAAACCUCCCAGUCUCAGGUAUUCAAACGGACGGUCUUCUCCGACAGGUCUCGCAGAGGAUCUGUUUCUUCGAACUACUCGCCUUCCUCACAAGCGCUAAGGCCCGGAGCUUCUGCGCCAAUGGUAACGCCUUCGGUGACAUAUGGGAAAUUCCACGCGUCGUCUGGCUCGCCAUCGAACUCCUCGCUGGCACAAUAUCUUCGGCACAAUUCGUCGCCUCCUGCAUCGGCAACAGCGGUGGCUACAGUCCACAACAGUUUACGGAGGCUUACUAGCUCUUCACAGCGCACAAAUACAAAUUCCACAAACAGCAGCACCCGGCCAGUCAAUCCAGAGCUGCUCAAACUCAAGUCCUUCAACGAAGACGUGUUCGAGUCGGAUGACGACGAGCACGAUGAACACUCACCUCGCUCCACAGACACCAAGUCAAGAAACACAGGGCCUUCUAGUGGACAUGCUGAGGACGACGAGGAUGAUUUGUUAUUUGCUAUGAGUGACAUGACACUAGCCAAGAAUAAUCAGGAGUUUUAAUCUAUUAUAGUGUACUAAUGCAUGUCAUGAACAUCCCUUUAGUGCAAUGUAGCCGUCAACGUUGCUUGGAUUAAGAAGAAGAGAGCGCUGGAUCGCCCGUAGCUCGCCUGUCUCAAUGUAUGCGUUGCUCAACUCGCCAGCGUCCACACUCUUCGAGUUCAGGCAGACAUUUAGAUGCACGUGUCUAUCCAGUUUUUUCCAGGUAUAUGCGUCUGCCGGGAACAUAAAUGCGUUUCUCUGCCAGAUGGCAGCCGUUCCCGUGCCCAUUCUUAAUUGCAGCUGCUCAAGGAAAAAUGGCACGCUGCUUGCUGUGUCGUCUAUUCUCUCUUUCAAAGACAGCGACUCCAAUUCUUCCUUGAUUGCUGGAUAGAACUCUUCAAGGUUUUCGACUAGCGAGAUGGAGGCCAAAGUCAGUGCAACGAGCAGCGACGUUCCGUAGUUCUCAAUGUGGUUGAACAGCUCGUCAAUGGCAGCCUGUUUAGUAUCCUCUGUGUUGCAAUCAUAAAGCACUUGAGCAAUCAGAACAACUAUUCUUCUCGAGUCUGGGAAAGAGUCCAAUAUUUUCUUGAACUCGACCAGCGCCGCGUCGAAGUCAUCCUUGAAGAAACUAGACAGUCCCAGCACAGCCAGUGACGAGAGCAUGAUUUUCUGCACGUCUUCAGUCAGUUCGUUUAUCUCUUCCAGCAAGUCCAUGGACUGCUCGCUGACCUCGAUCGCCUUGUCGUACUCCUGCGAGCCCAGAUACAUUCUUGAAAGCUGGGCAAGGGCGGUGGAUAGCGCCACGGCUAUUUCUGGAGAGCUUUCCUGCUCAUAUUUUUCUUCCAGUAAGUCACAGAGCUGCUGGGAGUAGCGAAGCCCCGUUUCAAAGUCACGCACUCGCUCAAUGAUCAAAGUGGCCACUUGCAAUGCUAGCCUAUCCUUUGGAUAGUAUUUGAGGUAGGUCAGAAUGGAAAGAUUGGCCACAUUGAGCUCCUGGACAGAGUCCAAGUUCUGCUCGUCGAUCUCGCUGCCAAUAAGUGAUUUCACGACGGAAAAACUGUACAGAAGCAUCGACAAUGGGCUCUUUCCGUUGGACAUGACGUGUGCGUGCGUUAGCAGCUGCGAGGCCGACUUGUUGUCUCCCUUGGCCUGUUCAACAAGCGCUCUUCCAGUCCAACAGGCUGCCUGCCCCGGAGCAAGCGACUGCACCCGCAAAAAACACUGGUUUGCAAGGUCAAGGUCGCCGUGAUGCAUGUACAACACCGCCAGAUGAGUCCAUGGGGCCGGGUCACGUGGCGACAGAGACGAGGCCUUGAUGAAGCAGUGUUGAGCCACUUUUGGGCUCUGCACCAGAGAUACAAUUCCUAGCGAGUUCCAGUACUCCGGGUUGUCGUUUUCGAGGAUGAUUGCCUUUUUGAACGCCUUGAUGGAGCACUCUUGGAGACUAGAUCUCUCGAGCCGCAGAAAUGCCACCAGAUAGGCCACGCCGAGGUUGUACGUCACCGAGGAACGCAGAAGCCGAGCUGCGCCGUCACCAGUCACGGAAAGUGCUACGCGCGCGCUCUCGAUCAUGUAGUAGCACGUUUUGUCCACUUUGCUGUUGCUUGUUUUUAGUUUUUUGUAAUGGUCGUCCUCGCCCAUCUCCUUGAGCAACCGUACGCUGCUCGUAUCCGGGGCUCGGCUCAUGAUGAAUUCCAGACUGUCAAACGGAAUGUGCUCGAUGUGCGACUCGACGGUCAGCAGAAGUUUCAAAAGCUCCGACAGCAGACGCCAGAGACUAGGAGCAUGUGGACUCAGAUCUGCUGCUUUUCUGAGAGCCUCGAACGCCUUGAGUGCCGUGUCCAUCGACCGUGCUAUGUGGCUGUUGCUGAUUUCGUAAUUGGUCUUCAUAAUUAGCGUCUCAGCGAGACGAUUGACAAUGCACAGCUCGUCUGGCCUUGUGUCGGCAAUUUUCUCCAAGUGGAAUAUGCUGUCCUGGAAUUCUCCCAUCUCGCCUAAAACAACCGCAAGCAAGUAUAUGCCGUGCCAGUUAUCCGGCUCCAGCUCCAGCGCCUUGUUGAAAACUUUCAGCGCGGCGUCCAGCCGUCCACGAGCAAGAUACCCUUCGCCCAGCCCGAUCCACGAGUCCACGUCCAAGGAGUUCAGCCGAAGACCGUUUUGGAACAGCUCGAUCGCCUUGCUGUCGUCCUGGCGCUCGAGAGCUGCACAUCCGAGCAUCCUGUACGGCCAGGACCCGUCUUCGUCCAAGGACAGCAUGGCCAAGCGUCCCUGUUCGCUGUCGAUCACUCUUUGACAAACAACCUCCACCAUCUCCCAGUCUUUGUUGUCACUGAAAUAAUUGGCCAGCUCCCGCGCAGCAAGCAUGUCGCCGGCGUUCAGCUCGAAAGCUUUGGUCAAGCACUUCAAGGCCCGUGUCUGGUUGUCGUAAUACGUGAGAUAAAUGUAACCCAGAGAGCUGUAAGGCGCAGAGAGCGAUUCCGACUGUUUAAGGGCCUCGAUUAGCAAGUCGAACGCCGACUUUACCAGCCCAGCAGCAGUUUCCUCGUCUGGGCUUUCCAGACUCUUCAAUUCCAUCAAAUAAGACUCAGCCAUGCGCCAGAGCGUGGUGCCACGCAUUUCCAGGGAAUUGGGGUCGGUACCGUCAAUAAGCUUAUACGCCUUUUGCAGUCCCUCGCGUCCUUCGGAAUAGCGACCAAUUUGGAUAAUACUCCAGCUGUACUCAAGAUUGGCUUGUAAGUGGUCUGGUGCAUCCUCCAGCACUUUUUCCAAUAGCUCUGAAGCGGCCGCGUAAUUUUUCUGCUCCACUAAUAUGAGGCCCUUGCCGAUUCUGGCCUGGAUGUCGGUUGGUGAGCUGGCUAGGACAGAGUCGUAGAGUCUCAGCGCCUGUGAAAAGUGCC